UGCACUGAGAGGCAAGAGUAGGCAGCGAUCUUCAUCCUCGAUUACACAGAUUUAUUCAUCGAUUUUGCACUAAGAGCAACGAUCUUCGAGAGUUCAAGAGUCGAGACUUCGUCGAUUUUGCACCGAGAGCAGAGAUCUUCAAAAGUCGAGACUUUGUUCGUUGAUUUUGUCCUAGGAACAGCGAUCUUCUAAGAUCGAGAAAUCAGGUUCAAAGAUCGCGAGCACAACUGCACAAGUUGUGCAACAGAAAUGUCAACUAAAGGAUCAUCUAAAGGGUCUGAAAAUUCGAGAAAGAAUGCUUCAGGUAGUAGAACUGACCCGGGUUGGGAGCAUGGAUAUGAUGUUGUUGGUAAUUCAAGAAAGGUGAAAUGCAAGUAUUGUGAUAAGAUUGUAAAUGGUGAUAUUUUUCGUUUCAAGCAUCAUUUAGCUUGCACUCGAAGGGAUGCUGAGGCAUGUAUUAGUGUUCCUAAUGAUGUGAGGAAGAAGAUGUUGUCUCUUGUAUGCAAAAUUGCUCAAGCAUCCGAAACAAAGAAAAGGAUUAUUUGUUCUAAUGAGGAUUCAUCAGACAGUGGUGAAGAGAUACAAGCAAGUAAAAAGAGAAAGGGAAAAGCAACAAUAGAAGAAUUUAUCAAAGUUAAAAAAGGUAGUUCUCAAGCCACAAUUAAUCUAUUCAUGAAGAAGGACAUAAGAGAAGAAGCCUGCCAACAAAUUGCCAGGUUCUUUUACACAUCUGCCAUUCCCUUUAAUUGUGCUAAAAAUCCUGAAUUUACAAAGAUGUUUGAGAUAGUUGGAAAAUAUGGUUGUGGGUUUAAACCUCCAUCUUAUCAUGAGUUGUGGGAGACAUUCUUGAAAAAAGAAGUAGAUAGAACAAUGACUUUGCUUGAAGAGCAUCGAUUUAUGUGGAAAAAAAAAGGAUGUUCUAUUAUGUCUGAUGGAUGGACUGACAAGAAAAGACGAUCUAUAUGUAAUUUCUUAGUGAAUAGUGAGAAGGGGACGAUCUUUUUGCAAUCCACUGACACAUCUGAUAUCUCAAAGACAGCAGAUAAGGUUUUUGAAAUGUUAAAUGAAAUUGUGGAUAAAGUUGGUGAACAAAAUGUUGUGCAAAUAAUCACCGAUAAUGCAGCAAAUUAUAAAGCAGCAGGAGAGAUGUUGAUGUGUAAGAGAAAAUGCAUUUUUUGGACACCAUGUGCAGCUCAUUGCAUUGAUUUAAUGCUUGAAGACUUUGAGAAAAAAUUAAAAAUCCACGAAGUUACAAUUUCAAAGGCAAGAAGAAUUUCAACUUUCAUAUAUUCGAGGACUCUUCUCAUAUUUCAAUUAAGAAAAUGUACAAAGGGAAGGGAUAUAAUCCGGCCUGCUGUUACAAGAUUUGCAACUGCAUAUUUGUCUUUGAAUUGUAUUAAUGAACUUAAAAGUGGUUUGCAACAGUUGUUCACAUCUGAUUUUUGGAAGACUAGUCGAUUUUCAAAGAUACAAGAGGGAAAGUUUGUUCAAAAGACCAUUUUAGAUGGGAGGUUUUGGCGUAAUGUAGUUACAUGUCUGAAGGCAGCAAGUCCUCUCAUUAAAGCACUUCGAUUGGUAGACUCUGAAGAGCUUGCUAUGGGUUUUAUUUAUAAGGCAAUGGAAGCUGCAAAGGAGAAAAUAAAAGUCAACUUUGGCGGCGAGAAAAUACUUUACGAACCGGUAUGGAAGAUUAUUAAUGAAAGAUGGAAAAAUCAACUUCAUCACCCAUUACAUGCUGCAGGUUAUUUUUUGAACCCUGUGUAUCAAUAUAGCCUAGAUUUUGAAGCGGAUUCAAGGGUAAAAAAUGGACUUUAUGACUGCAUGGAGCGAAUGAUAGAUGAUCGAGAUGUGAGAAGUGCGAUUCAUGCACAAUUGGAAUCCUUCAAGAAAGCAAAAGGGCUAUUUGGUCGUGAUGCAGCAAAGUUAACCAUAGGUAAAAAAUCUCCUGCAGAGUGGUGGGAUUCUUUUGGUGAUGAUUGUCCUGAAUUGCAGAAUUGGGCUAUACGUAUAUUGAGUUUGACUUGCAGCUCGUCUGGAUGCGAACGUAAUUGGAGUGCUUUUGAGAUGGUUCAUACAAAAAAGAGAAAUCGCUUGCAUCAGAAGAAAAUGAAUGACUUAGUAUUUGUUUACUAUAACUUGAAGAUGCAAGGGAAGAAGUCCAAGGAAGUUAGUCAAACUCCAACCACUUUAGAAGAGUUCCCCUCUGAUGAUGAAUGGAUAACUGAAGCACCUAGUUCUGCAGGAUUGAAUUUAGUGGAUGAAGAUUAUGAUGCUAACAUAAAUAAUGAUCCUUUAGAGCUAAUUAACCUUGUUGAUGAUGUAGAUAAUUUAGAGGACAUGGAGAUUACCAGUGCUCAUGUAGGAGUUGAGAGUAACAUAGGUGAUAAAGAUGCUAUAGGAUGUGAUAAUGAGAUUGAUGGAACUGAUGAUUUUGAUGCUGAGGAUGAAGAUGAAGAUAGAAUUGAUGAUUUGGAUGUCACCAUGGAUGAUUUAUCUUAGCAGUAUUGCUUUUUCUUUAGUUUUUAGUCAUCAAAUUUUUAUUGUUUUAGGAUUUGGAUUAUCAGUUGUAAAUUUGAACCUUUGUUAGUUUGUUUCCUUUUAUCAAAUUUGGACAAUGGAAGUUUAUUUGGUGUAUUCAAUAUUGGACUAUUUUUGUGUGAAAUUUUAAAUUUGUCAUUUUAAAUUAUCUUUUCAUGUAUCAGUGCUAUUGAACCUUACGAGUGCUAUUAAAUAUUGGACUAUUUGGACUAUUACCAGUGCUAUUGAACCUUUGUAUCUUUUCAUGUUAAAUUUUCAUGUUUAGUUUUUUUUAUAUGUGAAAAAUGUUGAUGAUAUGUGUGUUUAUGUUUUUUUAUUAUAAAUGUGAAAUAGUGAUUGUUCUUAUGAUGAAUAUAUAUUAUUUGACAUUUUAUAACUCUGUUUUUGAUGAUCUGUAAACUCUUACGAGUUUACGAUACGAGUUUGUGAGCCCCUAGCCGAGUCGACACUGGAAUCGCGAGUUUGACAACCUUGGGACUAACAGUGCCUGGUGACCAUCAUCAACUUUAGCUUUAUCUAACUCAGAGCCGAAGACUACAUCUUGUACAAGACAUUGACGUGAUCUUAGCUAACAUAGAUGUUGAUCCAGACCAGAUACCAACUAAGCUUCCAGGACCUUCAGCACCUCCACCUCCCUUCAGUUAGGACCCAACCAGAUUUGUGGAUACUGUCACUCAUAAGUUUUGAGAUGUGAGAGCCUAGAUACAAGAGAUGAUGGAUACGAUGUGUGUCCACAUCACGAGCCAACAUCCUCCUCCUCCUACAAACUCAAUUGAUGUUGUUUUUCUACGCAGGAGCAUUUGCCUUAUCUUGGACUUUAGUUGACUUUAUUAUACUAUA